GCGGGGCUCAGCUCGGCGCCCACAUGCUCGUGCGGGAGGCGGGAGCCAUGGAGCCCCCGGGGCCGGGCCUGGGGCACCGGCCGCCGCCGCCGCGCUCAGGUGCUGGGACCCUGAGCAGCGCUGAGCAGAAACGUGGAGCAGAGCCUGUGAAGCUGGAGCUGCAGAGGACUGGCCCAGGGGGGCAGGCGCCGGGCCUGGAGCUCCGGGAGGUGUUUGAGGCCGUGGCAGUGUAUUUCACGCGGGAGGAGUGGGAGCUGCUGGAUGAUGAAGACAAGAUGCUUUACCGGGACCAGAUGCUGAAGACUUACCAAGCCCUCCUUUCCCUGGGAUAUCGAGGUCCUACACCUGCCUUAAUCUGCAGCAUCCAGCAAAGACAGGUGGAGCUCUGGGUCUGUGACGAUGAGGAUCAUUGGAAAAUCUCCAGAUCGGAGGACCUCGUGCCAGGAGGUGCCUGGUUCCUGAGCAGAGAUGAGGAGCAGCCUCCUGCGGAAGGGCCUGCAGACCUGGAGCCAUCUUGGACUUGCCCAGGGAGUUUGGGUGAGAUGGACUCCCUGAGACUUGAGAAGGAGCAAUGGCACAAGAGUCAGCACCAGCACAUCCACCUGAGGAGCGAGACACACCAGUGUACUGGGUUCGGGAAGAACUUGUGCUGGCAAGACCAGUCCCAGCAGCAGUGUGCGCAGAGGGGGACGCAGCCACAGCAUGGCACCAAGUGUGGGAAGAGCUUAAGGCAGCCCUCCAACCUGGCCAAGCAGAGGUGCAUUCACGCAAGGGAGAAGGCACAUCAGUGCUCAAAGUGUGGGAAGAGCUUCAGCCUGUCCUUCAACCUGACUAGACACCAGCUCAUCCACAUGGCAGAGAAGCCACACCAAUGCUUGGAGUGUGGGAAGAGCUUCAUCCGAUCCUCCUACUUGACCCAACACAAGCUCAUCCACACAGGGGAGAAGCCACAUCAAUGUUUGGUGUGCGGGAAGAGCUUCACCCACUCCUCCAGCCUGGCCCGGCACCAUCUUGUGCACACGGGGGAGAAGCCACAUCAAUGCUUGGAGUGUGGGAAGAGCUUCACCCACUCCUCCAGCCUCGCCAAGCAUCAGUUUAUUCAUACAGGGGAGAAGCCACAUCAAUGCUCGGGGUGUGGGAAGAGCUUCAACCAGUCCUCCAACCUGGCCCGGCACCAGCUCAUCCACACAAAGGAGAAGCCACAUGAGUGCUUGGAGUGUGGGAAGAGCUUCAGACAGCUCUCCACCCUGGCCCGGCACCAGCUCAUCCACACAAAGAAGCAGCCGCAUCAGUGCUUGGAGUGUGCGAAGAGCUUCAGACAGCUCUCCACCCUGGCCCGGCACCAGCUCAUCCACACAAAGGAGAAGCCACAUCAGUGCUUGGAGUGUGGGAAAAGCUUCAGACAGCUCUCCACUCUGGACCGUCACUGGUUUAUUCACACACAAAAGAAGCCCUAUAAGUGCUCAGAGUGUGGGAAGAGCUUCAACCAGUCCUCCAACCUGGCCCGGCACCAGCUCAUCCACAUAAAGAAGAAACCAUAUUAGUGCUUACAGUGUAGGAAGUGCUUUCCCCACUUCCCCAAGCUGGCCUAGCACCAGUCCAUCCACAUACGGGUGCAUCUGUAAUGCUUCCAGCAAUGCAGAAAGGGCUUGGGGACGUAUACCCGCUCAGCACCUACCAGUGUUUGCAUCCAGGGAAGCAAUCUCAUGGUGGUGCAGUGCAGCAAGAGUUCACCCGUUGUUCAGCCCUGAUAGGGCACUGCAGAACCUAGAGGGCACAGAAGCUAGCCACCGAGGUUUGAUGCAGGGGAUGGGAUAAAAGGAAAGCCCUCAGGCAGAGACCAGUCCAGGUGCUGGGAGAACCUGUGAGGAGAUGACCUUUGCCUCAGCCUUGGAGCUUGUGCCAUCCCGGUUGCUCUCUAAAAGCAGUUGGUGCUGCCAGGGGAGAAGUGCCUUCAUAAUACAGUGCCCUCCCUAAGACAACUGGCUCCAUGUGAUACCCAGGGACUGUCUUUAGCCAAAUCCAAGCUUUGUCCUUUCUCCUGCUCCUAGGUUCCCAGUAUGUGAAGUUCUAGAGUGGAAGGGAGGUGGCCAUUUAUGGCGGGGAAUCAUUCCCUGCCUUACACCCUGGCCUCACCUUUCAUCCCUGCCACAUCACCUCUUUCCUAGGCCUGCAUGUGCCCAUCAUUGUCUGCUAGAAGCUGCAGCUGCCACGCGAUGAGCCCCGUUUGGUAGUUUUGUUUCUCAGCCCCUCGUCAGAACUGCACCAGCUGCCGGCCCCCGCCAUCCCAGUCUCUAUAACAGACUCUUUACUAAUCAGUAGGGCUGUAGGGCUGUGCGAAGCUUUGGAUCAUGAUUCAGUUUCAGGGAUGAUUCAGAGGCUGAAUCUACAAGCCCGAAUCGAAUCGCGUGAAGCUUUAGGCUUUCCGAAUCGAUUCGGAGCUUCCGAUUUGAUUCAGAAAAGACUUGGAGAUUUGGCCAUAGGGUAUAAUGGGGAAUCAAUGAAAUAUCUAUAACUUCA